CCCCGCCCCGCGCUGCCCGGCUUCCGGCCGCCGCUCUGCCUGCCGGCGGGGGGGAGCCGGCGCCGGCCGCCGCGCCGCCAUGUCCUCGCUCUGCUACAACCGGGGCUGCGGCCAGCGCUUCGACCCCGAAACCAACACGGAGGAUUCAUGUACAUAUCAUCCAGGUGUGCCAGUCUUUCAUGAUGCUCUGAAAGGUUGGUCAUGUUGUAAAAGAAGAACAACAGACUUUUCUGACUUCUUAAGCAUUGUGGGCUGUACAAAGGGUCUCCAUAACAGUGAGAAACCUCCUGAGCCUGUUAAACCAGAAGUCAAAACUACCUCUGAACGAAAGGAGCUAGCUGAACUGAAACCCAAAUUUCAAGAACACAUAAUUCAGGCACCAAAACCACUGGAAACAAUUAAAAGACCAAGCCCAGAUGAACCAAUGACAAGUUUGCAACUGAAAGUAUCAGCUUCCUUGAAGCAAGCUUUAGAUAAACUGAAAUUGUCAACAGAAAAUGAGGAGAAAAAAGAAGAGGAGAGUGAUGAAAUCAAGAUUGGGACAGCAUGUAAAAAUGCAGGCUGUUCAAAAACAUACGAAGGACCACAGAGCACAGAAGUAGUAUGUAUAUACCAUUCUGGUGUACCUAUAUUCCAUGAAGGGAUGAAGUAUUGGAGCUGUUGUAAAAGAAAAACAUCUGACUUCAAUACAUUUUUAGCUCAAGAAGGUUGUACAAGAGGAACACAUGUAUGGACUAAAAAGGAUGCAGGAAAGAAAGUAGUUCCAUGCAGGCAUGACUGGCACCAAACUGGAGGGGAAGUAACUAUCUCAGUAUAUGCUAAAAACUCCAUUCCCGAUCUUAGUUACGUAGAAGCAAAUAGCACAAUGUUAAAUAUCCACAUUGUAUUUGAAGGAGAAAAAGAAUUUCAUCACAGUGUGAAAUUAUGGGGAGUAAUUGAUGUAAAGAGGAGUUAUGUAAACAUGACUGCUACGAAGAUCGAGCUUACUAUGAGAAAAGCAGAGCCCCUAUUAUGGGCAAGUCUUGAAUUACCAAUAUCCAGUGCACAACAGAAAAAAGAGAAUUCAGAUCAAUAAUGAAUCCCAGAGACAAGUGAUUUCCCGUCAUGAAGUGGUGACUUGCUACUGUAAUCAAGUAUUUAACUUUUAUAUACUUCUUUUGCUAGAUACUGUGCUGCAAUCUACAAAGAAAGUGGAUGCACAGUAAAUGAGAGUAUAAACUUGAAGAGCAAUAGCUCUUUUUGCUCUUGCUCCCAGGAGUAUAUUUAUUCUAUUGAAACAUUUCCAUGGAAAGUUCUAGUAGAAGAGCUAUUGCAGUUUGCUUACAACCUUACCUACUGUGCAUUAACUUUCUAAAUAGAUAUGCUCUCAGUCCAUACUGUAUGUUAAUUUUUCAAGUGUUCUGUUUAGACUGGAUCUACUGGGUAGUACAUGCUAAAUUCAGCUCUAUUUGUUAUGAAACUUUUCAUAAUAAGGAUAUAAAAUCUGAGUUUAUAAAGUGAUUAACAUGCAAUUCCACAUCUAGAAUAAAAAUGAUGCUUAAAUAUGAAAGAGCACUUGCAGACUCUUCUACUUGUAUGUUCUGAAACUAAUGUUCUGUUACCUGAUGGCUGUGGAAUGAUGGAAUAAAGCAUAUUUUGUUAAGGAUUUAAA